GAAACCAACGGUGGUGAUUGCUUGAGCUCAGUCAGAGAGCUACUACUAUUCUUCAUCGCAAUUUCAAAACCCUCGGAGAAGUUUUAAUCAGAAAAAUGUCCGUCGAGGAAGACGCCACCGUUAGAGAGCCACUCGAUCUGAUUCGGCUGAGUAUCGAAGAGAGGAUCUAUGUCAAGCUCCGAUCAGACCGUGAACUCCGCGGCAAGCUUCACGCUUUUGAUCAGCAUUUGAAUAUGAUUCUGGGUGAUGUUGAAGAGGUUAUUACGACUGUAGAAAUCGACGACGAGACAUACGAAGAGAUUGUUCGGACAACGAAGCGAACGGUUCCGUUUUUAUUCGUGAGAGGAGAUGGAGUGAUAUUGGUGUCACCGCCUUUGAGGACGACGACCUAAAUGUUCUUGUGUACUGGGAUCUGUGUUGACAAAUCUGGAGCUGAGUAAAACCACUUUUUUCUGAUUACUUGGCUUUUGAAUUGUAAUUGUGUGGUAUGUUUUUCUUUGUUGUCAAACAUUGAAACCGAAUGUAGCUUUCGAAUUCUGGUUAUGGGCUGCUUCGUUAUAGUAGAAGCAGUGUAACAUGCUUCGUAUUGUGACUUUCUUACCGUUUAUGAUCGGAUUUAGUUACAUUUUCUGGUUUGGUGUA